GAACUGCAUGCCCGUGCUUGGUACAUGCGUGGAAAAGUUCCUGAUGAUUUUGAGAAGUUGGUAUCGCUAAAAACUCUAAAUCUAGGAUACAAUAACUUCACGAGCCUUCCCGCGAGCCUGAAGGGACUUUCCGUCCUUAAGAUUCUCCUGCUACCACACUGCAAGGAGCUCAAGUCUCUUCCGCCUCUUCCAUCGAGCUUGGAAUUUGUUGAUAUCGCAGGCUGCGUGGUGAUAGAGACGGUCCCUGACCUGUCUGAAUUGGAGAACUUGCAGGAGCUGAACAUGGCGAAUUGUGAGAAAGUGGUGGAUGUUCCAGGACUUCAGUGCUUGAAAUCCUUGAGAAGGCUAUACCUGACAGGAUGCCGCGCUUGUUCCUCGGUAGUUAAGACGAGAAUUUCUAAGGUUUCUUUGAGGAAUUUACGUGUUCUCAGUAUGCCAGGGAGUGAAAUUCCAGAUUGGCUAAACGAAGAGGAAGUGACCUACACGGCGCGCAAAAACUGCGUGCUCAAGGCUGUUCUCAUAGGCGUUGUCGUUUCCAUCACCAGUGACUUCCCAGAAUCUUUGAGAGACCAUAUUCCCACCCUUAUGGAUAUCCAAGCAAAGAUACUCAAGAUGAACAGUCCUAUCUUCAGCACCACAUUGCCAUUGAUGGGAGUACCGAAAUUAGAUGAAGAUCAGGUUCAUUUGUGCCGGUUCUUGGACUUUAACCCGUUGGUUUUCCAGUUGAAAGAAGGGUACAAAGUUCAGGUGGCAAAGCGGAACCCACCAUACAUUCCCGGAAUGCAGCUGAAGAAAUGCGGGGUACGUCUGAUUUUCGAGAGAGACGAUGAAAUUGAUGGAGAUGAGCAGCAACUAGAUGAUGGCUACCAGUCUUUAUCUGAAAAGCUUGCCCGGUUUUUAUACCAUUUGCAGUAGCCAGUUCACCAUUGUUUGAAGCAAGGCUCUGGAAAAUGGAAGCAGAAAAUGGUGCCAAAGAUUGAAGAGAAGGGAACGAGCUUGCUCCUAUCAACUGAAAUUUCAUUCCUGGAAAUGUAAUCUGAAAAUACCAGAAGAGCAUCCUUAUCUCCUGUUCUUUUAUUCUGAAGACUUUUCUUUUUACCCAGAGAGCUCCGUCUGUAUUA